AAACAAAUACUUUUUCCCUAAUUUGAACAACAUUGUCGCUCUACAUACCCCUUCUACCCCUUUCUCUCUCCUCCUUUCCAAGACAAGCAAAACUCCAACACUGUAUUAUCAGAUUCAAACAAAAAAAACUGUUCAAAUUCUGCAAUUUUCAUCGCAUUAUUCAGUAAUCAUGGCUUCUCGUCGACGAAUGCUUUUGAAGGUCAUCAUUCUCGGUGAUAGUGGAGUCGGGAAAACAUCGCUGAUGAAUCAAUUUGUGAAUCAUAAGUUCACUAAUCAGUACAAAGCUACGAUUGGAGCAGAUUUUUUGACGAAAGAAGUUCAGAUUGAUGACAGGCUUUUCACAUUGCAGAUAUGGGAUACAGCCGGGCAGGAGAGGUUCCAAAGUCUUGGUGUGGCCUUCUACCGUGGUGCUGACUGUUGUGUACUUGUUAAUGAUGUUAAUGUCAUGAAAUCAUUUGACAACCUUAACCGAUGGCGGGAGGACUUUCUGCUACAGGCUAGUCCACAUGACCCGGAGAAUUUCCCAUUUGUCGUAUUGGGAAAUAAAAUAGAUGUGGAUGGUGGGAACAGCCGAGUGGUGUCCGCAAAGAAAGCAAAGGCUUGGUGUGCCUCCAAAGGAAACAUUCCCUACUUUGAAACUUCUGCCAAGGACGGCACCAAUGUUGAAGCUGCUUUUCAGUGCAUAGCAAAGAAUGCCAUUAAAAACGAGCCUGAAGAAGAUAUAUAUCUUCCGGACACCAUUGACAUGUCUGGCAACCAGCAACAAAGGUCAUCAGGAUGUGAUUGCUAGCGUGGUUUAUGGUUGUUGAUAUUGGUCGGCUCAUAAUUUUCAUUUAUUCAUCAACUAUUAAUCUUUUGAAUCAUUGCAGUUUGUGUACAUUACUCAAAUGUUAGAAUUGGAGCAAACUAUUUUUCCUGUUAGAAUCUAAUAUUUUUCUUAUUGCUGCUAUCUUAUUUUUGUAUAAACGCUUUGAUGUUGUCUGUGAGCUCGCGAUGAGAGUUUCUCUAUUUUGUAUUCUGGUUUAAAUACUCUGUAAUUGAAUCCAUAUAUUAUGGGUAAUUUAUGUUGCA